AUGCGUUGUCUCAUCAGCCUGGCCCUCGGCCUGCUCGCCCUGGAGGCGGCCCUCGCUCUGGCCCCCAAAUUCAUCGCCCCAGUGCAGGUCAUGUGCCCCGAGUCCAGCUCUUCCGAGGAGACGUCCUGCCUCAGUGACGACGACUGUCUUGGCAGCGCCGUGUGCUGUCCCAGCACCGCCGGCAGCUCCUGCAGAACCCCCAUCAUCGUCCCUACCCCCAAGGCUGGCCGCUGCCCCUGGGUGCAGGCGCCAAUGCUGUCCCAGUUGUGUGAGGAGUUGAGCGACUGUGCCAACGACAUCGAGUGCAGGGGCGACAAGAAGUGCUGCUUCAGCCGCUGCGCCAUGCGCUAUCUGGAACCCAUCCUAGGUAUGCGUCCCGAGCCCUCCCCAGUCAGCGAACAGAGCAAGAAGAGGAGCGUGCGCUCCAGCCCGUGA